AUGCUAGACUAUUUCCAAGCUUAUUGUCGAAAGGGAAUAGAACGGCAACUAGAGGCAUACAUAACAAGCAAAAAGACAAAAACAUACAACAGUGAGGAUUCGCUGGUGGUCACCCACCCAACUACUAACUCACCGGCGUGUGGCUUGAGUACGGCUGAGCGGACGGGAAGCCCUAUUUUCCACACCCUAUGGUCGUAUGUAUUAGAUGCUACACUAGCUGAGGUCAUAUUGUAA